CGAGCGUUGGUCGUCUAACUUGUGUGUUCUCAGUCGUUACUAGGGUUUUCUAUACCUGUCCUGCAGUAUUCGUUCUGGUGUUCAAGAACCUGCAUCUGGUCUUCUUGCUGAAUGGACAUGUCUCGCGAUCAGCAGCAGCAGGUACCUCUCGUGCCGCCGACGUCCGCCUGGCAGUGGGACCCCAUCGGCUUCUGGGACGAGCCCUUCUCUUCCCUCUUAACCGACGAAGCACCCGCCGUCGCCGCUACUGGCGUUACCGACAGCCUCGCUGCCACCGCCGUCGGUGGAUCCGUGAGCAAUGGAGUGUUCCUCCCGUCCGUUCCACCCGCCGGCUUCGGCAGCAGCCCUCCGCUACCAACGGUGGGCGCAAGGCUUUGGGGGGGUCCUGAGGGCGGUACCGCCGCCGCCGCUGCCGCGUGGCUCGACUCCGCCAUUGCCGCUGGGGAGGGGGAAUGGUGGCUGCAUGGCGCGGGGAGAGAAGCGGCGCACGGGGGAGCGGCGGGGGCCUUGGCGCAGUUGGGGAUAGGCGGGGAGGACGAAUUGCACGGGGCCCCUACACUAGGCGGCAGCGCCGCCAGGGCAUUAGCGGCGGGCGGGGGUGCGGGUGCGGGUGCGGAGAUGAGAACGGAUUUUGCGGAGGGAGAUGGUGAUAGGAGUAGAGACGCAGCGGCAGUGGAGCGAGAUGCGAUAUGUGAGCAGCGCGAGGGGCUGAGAGAGGGGGUGAACGGUCUACAGGGGGUGAACGGUCUACAGGGGGUGAACGGACAAGGCGCGGAGAUGGACUCUAGUCCAGAGGGCGGUGUGGUAGGAGGUCCGGGCGAUCGUCUAGAUCUAGUGAAUGAAGUGGACUUGACAACAGCAGCAGGCACAGCAGCAGCAGAUUCGGAAGCAGGUGGAGAGACAGCAGUGGGUGCGACGACAGAGGAAGUACCGUCGUUACCCGUGGAAUCGGCAACGUCUGACAUGGCAGGUAUACAGGCUGCUACUUCGGCGGCUGGUGCAGUGUGCGGUGGAGCAGCGAAUAAGGAAUCAGACCCAAAUAAAGCAGCAGCAGCAGUAGUAGCAGCAGCGGCGGCAGCAGCAGCAGCAGCAGCAGCAGCAGCAGCAGCAGCAGCAGCAGCAGCAGCAGCAGCACCACCACCACCAACACCACCAGGAGCAGCAGGAGCAAAACCAAUGGCAGCAGCCGCAGGGCUGGUGGCGAAGAAGGCAGAGUGCUCGCUGGCGCGGCGGCUGGCAGCGGCGCUUGGGGAGGAGUACGACGAGAAGCUGGAGGAGCAAGAGCGGGAGAGAAAGCGAGAGAAGGAGCGGCAGGAGAGGGAACGAAAGGAGCGAGAGCGGGAGAGAGAGCGUGAGAGGGAGCGGGAGCGGGAGAGGCAGAGAGAACAGGAGCGUGAAAGAGAGAGGGAGAGGGAGCGGGAGAGGCAGAUGGAGCGAGAGCGGGAACUGGAGAGGGAGCGGGCGGUAAUAGGGCGCAAGAGGGAGUGGAUAGAGGCAGUGGAGUCGUGGAAGCAGAAGGAGAUGGCCGCCACGUUCGACAGAAUAACGGGCCUUCACGGCCCCGCCUCGCUCUUCCACAGCCCCCCUGCGUCAUCUCGUCUGCUCAGCAGCCCGUUCGCGUCGGGGUCGUCCCCUGCCUUGUUCCGCCCGGGUUCCUCCUCGCCGGUCGCACACCCAGCGUCGUUGUCUGCCCGGCAUGCAUCUCGCCGCGGGGCCAGUCUGCCCAAUGCCUCUGCCUUCACCCUGGGUCUGGGCUCCAUGGUGCCCACUGGGCCGUCCUCUGAUCCCUGGGCCAGCGGUGCUGCUGGUGCUGCUUGUGCUACUGGCGCUACUGGCACGGGCAGCGGUGGCAGUGGCGGUGCUGCUGGGGCUGCAGCGGGCGCGUGGGUAGAUUCUGCGGUGGCAGCGCGCAGUGCGUUGCUGAACGGGGCGCCUACAGGGUUCACCUCCUCGUCGUCCCGCGCAGGCUCGCCGUCCUUCUCACUCGCAGCUCCCGUGAUGGCGGCUCUCGGAUCCGGCAGGGCGGCACCAGGCGGGCUCGGGUUGGGGAGCGCAGAGGCGUUGCUGGGGAGGGGCUUGCCGCUGGGCGCAGCAGGGCCGGCUGCUAGGGGAGCACCGCUGGGGACAGCAGCUGCAGUCAUGGGCGGCGGGGGACUGGGGAUACCCGGGGGUGCAGCAUCCCUGGGGGGAGCACUGGGGGGUCCGCUAGGCGGACCCCUAGGUGGGUCUCAAGGUGGGUCACUAGGUGGGGGCGUGGCCCUUGACUUUUGGAAGCUAGCUACUGGUGGCGCGUUGGACAGGGGGCCACAUGGUGCAGCGCAGGAGAGAACAGGGAGCGGGGAUGGGGGGGAGUAUGGAGCAGGAGGGGGGGGGCGAGGAGGAACGGAGGUGAGGGAGGAGAUGCGAGAUGGGGGGGGCGCAGGAAGGCAUGAGAUUAGUCUGUUGCAGCUGCAGGGACGGGGAUGGCAGGCCCGAGAUGCUUCCCUUCUCCUGCAGCAGCAGCUGCCACAGCAACUACAGAAGCCACGGCGGCAGCAGCAGCAGCAGCAGGAGGAGGGGGGUGGGCGGGGCGAGGAGGAGAGGGAGGAGAUCCGGCAGGUGGUGCGGUUUCAGGGGGAGGGAGGGGCGGUGCGGGCGAGGGAGGGCGGCAGCAGUGGCAGCGCGGGCAGCGUGGGCAGGGCGCCGCUGAGCCACCCGGUCAUGGAGCGCCUGCUCAUCCUGGGGGAGGCUGUGGCCACCGGGGAGGAUGAGGCGCGCAUCUGGAGCCUAGCGGAGGAGCUGCGGCUGCAGGCGGACUCGCGGGGGGCGCCGGAGCAGCGGCUGGUGCACUACGUGCUGGAGGGGCUCAUAGCGCGCGUCAUGGGGGACGGGGCCAAGCGCUGGAGCACCAACACCGCGCUCUCUGUCAGCCAGGACGUGUUGAGCAAGAUGGCGGACCUGUCGUUUGUGAUGCCGCACCACCGCUUCAUGGUGGUGGCGUGCAAUGCCGCCAUAGUGGAGGCCGUGCGCCACCACCCCGUCGUGCACGUCGUCGACAUCGGCUGGUGGUUUGCCGGCCAGUGGCCCGGCUUCAUUGCCGCGCUCGGCGCGCUGCCAGGGCCCAAGCCGCUCCUCAAGUUCACCAAGGUGGACACCCCUCCCUCCAUGUGUCCGGAGCGAAACUUCUCCCAGCUGCCCACAGACCACUGCCAGGACUUGUUGGAGCGGGCAGCAGCUUCAGCGGGCAUCCGCCUUGUGUUCCAAGCAGUGGAGUGCCCCCUCGACCGCCUCGACCGCAGUAUCCUUGGCCUCGAGCCCCUCUCCCCAGCCGCUGCUGCCAGGUGCCUCAGCAGCAGCAGCGGCAACAGCAGCAGCAGCGGUGGCGGCGGUGGCACGUGCAGCAACCAGUCGGGCACGACGCACCGCCACCAGCCCAACCACCAGCGCCAUGCAUCCACACCCGCAAUAGCUGCAGCGUCGGGCUCACGGCAGGUGCUGGCGGCAGGUGCUGGAGAUGAAUUGAGCAGAGUGGGGGCUGGCGAGGUGCUGGUGGUGAACGGCAUCAUGCGCCUGCACACCCUUCCCAGCGGGUCCGUGGUGCGGCACUCCCCCCGCGACGCCGCACUGCGCGCCAUCCGGCGGCUGAACCCGCACGCCGUGGUCCUGGGCGAGCGGCACGUGGACCACGACGGGCCCUUCUUCCUGCGCCGCAUGGCGGACGCCCUCCCCUGGUACCUCUCCGUUUUCGAGUCCCUGGAGGCGGGGCUCAUUCCGCGUGUGCAGGCGUCGCGGGAUGUGUUUGAGAAGGUGGUGAUCGGGCGCGACCUGGUGAAUGUGAUCGCGUGUGAGGGUGCGCUGCGAGUGGUGCGGUCGGAGCCGCUGGGCAAGUGGAACUGGCGCAUGCAGGAGGCGGGGUUUGCCGCCGUGCCGUACCCAACGCGCGCGCGCGUGCAGGUGGAGACAGUCAUGGCCCGGUACCCUGCAGAGUUUGGCGUGGAGGAUGACGAGGGCAGUUUGCUGCUCACGUGGAAAGGGCAGGCCAUGAUGGGGGUAGGGGUGUGGCGUGUGGCACGGUGAUGGUGGUGCGGUGGGUAGAAUGAGAUGCUAGUUCUGUAAGGAGCACCGGGUUGCACUUGGUGUACAAAUCCUUAAUGUGAGCCUCUGUCUGUACGAGGAUGGUUUUGAAAAUUAUUUUACG